AUGAAUUUGCACUACCUUCUACUCCUCUGUACAGGAUUGUUGGUGUUGGAACAGUCUGCUGCCUCCUCAUCCCCUUCCUCGUCUUCUGCAACUAAAACAGCUACGCGAAACACCCCUUCCUCCUCAUCCUCCUCCAUUGUCGACGACACGGCCACUCCUGCUUGUUCCCAAUUCAAGGCUCCCAAUGCUCGCACGCCUACCAACCUCAAACAAAAAUGGGAACAAGACGAUCGCAAUCUUUGGAAGUAUGUCGAACAACAGGUUCCUGCCGUCUUGGAUCACACUGGCACGGAAGCCUUUGAUCAUCAUUUAAAGGGCGUCCAAGCCGUCUUGCGAUACUGGGGUGCUCCCGACCAUUUGGCCAAUGCUGGCCUCUUUCAUUCCAUUUAUGGAACGGAAGGAUUUCAAGGAUUUAGUUUGCCAUUGGCCGAACGUCAAGCCAUUCAACAACUGAUUGGCAAAGAAGCUGAACGAUUGUGCUUUUGGUUUUGCAUGGUCGAUCGAUCUACCUUGGAUCAGACCGUUAUGGAUUGGGACAAACCACUGGAGGACAAUGUCCAAUUUACAUUGCGAUCGAGACCUGAAUUAGGUCGCUUUGCAUUGACACUCAACAAGGAAGAAUGGUUGGACUUUGUCGAAUUGACCAUUGCGGAUUGGUUGGAACAAGUGGAGGGAGCCUCCACCAAACCCUCGGACCUAUUUCUAUGGAAAAAGGGAGAAGCCUAUGCCUAUCGACGAUUGGCCUAUGCCAAAAUGGCUACCAUAUUGGCAGCGGAACGACCCAGCGGAAGGUCCCAUCAUGCCCAAGAAAUGCUGGCGGCCGUCAUGGGAACCGAAGAUCUUGAAACCAGACAUUUGGUACAGUUGCGGACGCCGCCAAUGUCAGAGGCGGCUGCCUUGGCAUUGGAGGCCUUGAGGGCGAGUGGAGAGACUAUUCCAGUAGAUUUGUCGCCGCAACCUCACGAAUCACUAGCCUGUUCCGCUUAA